CUCCCCAGCCAUGGGCAGAGUCCCGAUGCCACAGCAGGACGCUGGGGAAAGGGAGCUCCCGCCUCAGGGCCCCCACUGGAGAGCAGGGGGUCCUGCCACGCUGAGGGUCCUGAUCCUCACCCUGCUCUGGAGGGGGUCCCUGGCCCAGCUGCCCGGAUUUACCCUGACGGUGCCGCAGUCGGUGUCGGUGCAGGAGGGUCUCUGCGUCCUCGUCCCCUGCACCUUCACGUACCCAGCCUCGUACAACACCGACAAUCCCUCGGCCCAGCUCUACGGACACUGGUACAAGGAGCCUGCUACUGGGGGCCAGGAUCGUCCCGUGGCCAGCAGUGCCACCAGCCUGAGGGUGUCGCAGGAGACCCCGGGCCGGUUCCGGCUGACGGGGGAUCCAGCGCGCGGCGACUGCUCCCUGCAAAUCAGUGAUGCCCGAUGGACGGAUGCCGGGAGAUAUUUCUUUAGCUUUGAGAAAGGCCUGUUAGAUCACACUUACCGCUCCAAUUCCGAUGGCGCUGACCCUGCGCUCACGAUCUCUGUUCCAGGGCUGACGGAAGAGCCAGAGAUCCAGAUCUCACCGGCGCGGGGGCUACCAGGGACGCUGGUGGCCGGGCAGCCGGUGACUGUGACCUGCACAGCCCCUGGGCGCUGCUCCGGGCCCCCUCCACGAGUCACCUGGACGGGGCCGUUCAGCGACACAGCCCGGAACGUCUCAGCCCAGCUGGCGAACGGCACCUGGGCCCACAGCUCCGCGCUCAGCUUCACGCCCGGCCCGGGGGACCACGGCAAAGAGCUCGUCUGCAAUGUCACCUACAGGCCACCACAGGGACCUUCCACCCACAGAACCGUCCGGCUCAACAUCACCAACUCGCCCGUGCCCCCCAGCAUCACCGGGACCCUGACCAGGAACGGACGUCCCGUGCCAGAUGUGUGGGGAGCUGAGGGUGACGUUGUGUCUCUGGAAACCCGGGAGGGCGACUCCCUGAGCCUGAGCUGUGAGGCUGGGAGCAGAACCGAGACCACCCUGAGCUGGGCCAAGGGGAACGAGUCCUUGAGCCCAGGCCAGGGAGGGGCCGGGCACCUGGAGCUGCCGAAUCUCAGCAGAGGGGACGCUGGGGAGUAUCGGUGCUGGGCCAAGAAUCCCUUUGGGUCGGCCAGCCGGGCCCUGCGUGUGCACAUGCAGAGUUACCCGCCCCCGGGAAAGAAUCAGCUGGAGCUGAAGCUGCCCAGUGUGACGGCCGAGGAUGUGGGGCUGUACAGGUGCUGGUCCCAGAGAGAGGAGAGCUCUGCCCUGGGGACGUUCCAGCUGCUUGUCAAGUCUGAGUGA